AUGGGUGCAGGCCCUCGUUUCAGGAUGAUGCCUGAUGCCGUGCCCGGCGUGCGUGCCGUGGGCAAUUUCGCCAUCCGCCGCCAAGCGCCUCUUCCAACGAUGAUAGUGGCCCGUCCCUCAAAUUGGCACGAGACGCACGGCGGUAACGGAGUACACAGUGCCCCAACUUCUGGCUACAUGCUGCAAGAUGCCAGCUUCAGUCGCCUGUCGCUGCAACGCAAGUCGCCCUGUACCGGUGCCGUAUGUAUGUACACACACUACAUACGGUACAUACGACAGCAUGUACUGUGUAAGCGCAAGGAUUGGAACAAGCACAGCGGAAAUUUAUGGUACCACAACAGGAAGGAAGACGUGGUCAUCAUCAGCACCAGCACCAGUACCAGCACGCAGAAGAGCGCCUAA